AUGGAGUCAUUUAAUACAAAAAGGGAAGAAACAGAAGGUGAGGAGAAGAAGGAACAGGAGAAAAAUAUAGAAGACGUAGAUAACAGACUUAAUGAAAUUCUUUCCGUUGCUUCGGAAUGUAUUCAAUCGGAGGAGCUAAGAGCAAAACUUCUUUUAAAGAGAAGACUAAUUUGUUACGACGGUUUUGAACCUUCUGGGCGUAUGCAUAUAGCGCAAGGGUUGUUAAAAAGUCUAAUUGUGAACAAGUUAACGAGUAACGGAUGCACGUUUAUCUUUUGGGUAGCCGAUUGGUUUGCUCAGUUAAAUAACAAAAUGUCAGGGGACUUGAAAAAAAUAAAAAAAGUAGGAAAUUACUUUAUUGAAGUUUGGAAAAGCUGUGGUAUGAAUAUGGAACAUGUACAAUUUUUGUGGGCUAGCGAUGAAAUAAACAAAAAAGCAAAUGAGUAUUGGUCAUUAGUUAUUGAUAUAUCGAAAAGCUUUAAUAUUAAUAGAAUAAAAAGAUGUUUAAAAAUAAUGGGUAGAAGUGAAGGAGAAGAAAAUUAUUGUUCACAAAUUUUAUACCCAUGUAUGCAAUGUGCUGAUAUAUUUUUUUUAAAUGUUGAUAUCUGUCAGUUAGGCACAGAUCAGAGAAAAGUAAAUAUGUUAGCACGAGAAUAUUGUGAUAUUAAAAAAAUAAAAAAAAAACCUAUUAUUUUAUCACAUGAAAUGUUACCAGGCCUAUUAGAGGGUCAGGAAAAAAUGUCCAAGUCAGAUGAAAACUCAGCAAUAUUUAUGGACGAUUCAGAAGCCGACGUUAAUAGAAAAAUUAAAAAAGGUUACUGCCCACCUAAUAUUAUUGAAAAUAAUCCAAUUUUUGCUUAUGCAAAGUGUAUAAUAUAUCCCUACUACAAAGAGUUUCACUUGAUGAGAAAGGAAAAAAAUGGAGGCGACAAAGUGUAUAAAACACUUGAGGAGUUAGAAAAGGACUACGUUGAAGGAGCAAUUCACCCAUUAGACUUAAAGGAUAACGUUUCGACGUACCUGAACAAAAUGCUGCAACCAGUUAGAGAUCAUUUUCAGAAUAAUGAAGAGGCCAAAAAAUUAUUAAAUGAAAUAAAGAAGUAUAAAGUAACAAAAUGA